AAAAAGGAUGGCUACUGAAAAUAAGGCCAAAGCGAGGAUGGAUACGAUGGUACGGCUAUUGCGAUUUUUGCAUGGUCGGCUAUCAAAUGUAUUUAUACUUAAUGGACAGUUGAGAUCGAUCGAUUGGGUUGUGUAAGGAAAGUAUUUCUCUAUACGUAACAUGCUUGAGCGAAAUGUAGUUUACAUGUCAUCUCUUCUAAGAAACUGCAUUCCUUUUUCUGCAAUUCGACCUGGAAAGCAAAUCCACGCCCAAAUUCAAGUCCAUGGAUUCCUUCCCCAAUUAACCCUUCAAACAGACCUGGUGCUUGUAUACUCUAAAUGCAAUUGUCUCGAAGACGCUCGACGAGUUUUCGAUGAAAUGCCUGAAAGAAACAUGCAUUCUUGGAACAUACUGAUAUCUUGCUACGUUCAGAACUCUCUCUGUAAUGAAGCUCUAAGCUUCUUUCGUGGGUUUCUGGAUGCAGGUCUUCGGCCGGAUCACUUCACAUUCCCGUCCCUGUUCAAGGCCUGUGCAGGGAUUGGGUAUCUUCGCCUUGGAAAAAUGCUUCACAAUUGGGUAAUUCGACUUGGGUUGGAAGACCAUAUUAUCAUCAGUAGUUCGAUUUUGGAUUUUUAUGCAAAAUGUGGUCAGUUAAUUGAUGCGUAUCAAUUGUUUGUGAAAAUGUCAAGGAGAGACUUUGUUGUUUGGAAUUCUAUGAUUUCUGGGUUUGGGAGGGCUGGGUUUUCAGCCGAAGCGUUGGUAGCUUUUAGACACAUGCAGCAGGAUGGCAUGAAUAUGGAUUCGAGAACCAUCCCGAGCAUUCUGAAUGCAUGUGCGAGGGAAGGAGACUUGAUGAAAGGGAAAGAAAUCCAUGGACAGGUAAUCAAGAACCCUUUAUUUAAUUGUGACAUCGCAAUUGGAAAUUCUUUGAUUGAUAUGUAUGCAAAAUGUGGUUGUUUGAGCGAUUUAAGUAGAGUUUUCACAAACAUGCCUGACUGGAAUCUGGUAACUUGGACCACAUUGAUAUCUUGCUAUGGAGUUCAUGGGAAGGGGGAGGAGUCUUUGAUUCUUUUUGAGAAAAUGAUAGUCUAUGGCUUUAAGCCUAAUUCUGUCACGAUCACUGCUGUUUUGGCUAGUUGUAGCCAUAUGGGUCUUAUCGAUCAAGGUCAGAAGAUUUUCGACUCGAUGCAUUUGGAUCAUGGAGUCGAACCCAAUGUUGAGCACUAUGCUUGUAUGGUUGACCUCUUAGGCCGUUUGGGCCAUCUGAAGGAGGCACAUGAACUGAUAAGUAGAAUGCCGCUAGAGCCGACGGCUAGUGUUUGGGGAGCGCUGCUUGGUGCUUGUCAGAUGCACAAGAAUGUGGAGCUGGGAGAGAUCACCGCUUUCCGUCUCUUCGAAUUGGAGGCUGGAAAUUCUAGCAACUACAUUGCAUUGUGUAGCAUCUAUGAUGCCGUUGGUAGAUGGGAUGGUGUUUUAAAGAUCAGGUCAAGGAUGAGAGAAUUGGGUUUAGUUAAAACACCUGGGUGUAGCUGGAUUACCAUGAAAGGCAGAGUGCAUAGAUUCUAUCAAGGGGACAUUUCUCAUCCAUGUAAGAGGAAAAUAUAUGAGAUUUUGGAAGGAAUGCUGAAGGUGAUGACUUUGCAUGAGGGUUAUGGCUAGUGGAACUGGGACGUAUGUUAGAAGGGGAUCAUCUUAUCUGCCAACAACGAAAAUACAUACAUCGGAUAUUAGACAAAAUAGCUAACGUAUACAUCGGAUAUCAGACAAAAUAGCCAACAUUGGGGAUGUUGUUUAACGAUUUUGGAUGGCCUAAAUGGUAUGCAUAUGAAGGGAGUGAAGUUUUCCUGAUCAUAAUAGUCCAAUCAUCAUCUCCUCAGUCAGAAUCAUGAGUGGAAGUUUUAGUUGGCGGACACACACCACAGUGGGAUUUCACCAUAAUGGGUAUUGGAACUGACAACCUCAAGUUGAAACUCUUGUGAAUCUACCACUGAAGCAUGAGUAAGGACCCAACUUCAUUGAUGUGUAGCACCGUGUUAUUGUUCUUCCAUUGUUGUCAUCAAUGAUAUUAUAUGCCCUUGCCAGGCCAA